UCAUACUACACAUCUGAUUUGUACGGAAAAACAAGAUGGGCAUAUUUCAAAUUAGUGUUAUUGAUUUUAUGACUUUUCUUUUGAUGUGCUUUGGCAUUUUAUAUAUUGUAAAUGGACAAUGGACGGCUGCAGGCGAGCUGGAAGUGAGAAAGCAGAAGCUGGAUUCGACAACAUAUGACAGACUUGUCAGACCAACUGAUACAGUAGCUGUUAAAGCUGCACUUAAUCUCUUAUCUAUCGAUUCAUUGGACACUAAAUCCAUGACGCUUACAAUGACCGGAUGGUUGACAGUGGAUUGGACCGACAGUAGAUUGGCUUGGACUGUGGAUGGUACAUUAACAGCCGAUUACUUCUACGCUCUGGACACAGAAAUAUGGAAACCGGAACUCUUUAUUGACAAUUCGAAACAAGAUGUGAAAAUAUUAAACGACGCAUACCUACAGUUCAAAGUUGAAAACACGGGUGUUGUCGAAUGGGAACUUCCCCUUAUUUUCCAGACACAUUGUGAAGUAGACGUAACCUUUUAUCCUUUUGACAAACAGUCAUGUAGCAUCGAAUUGACCAGCUGGGCUUAUACUAAGGAAGAUUUGACACUUGAGGCACUUUAUGAAAAAAUAAAAACAGAAGACCUACAAGAGAACGGCGAGUGGGCUGUGACAGGGUCAGAGGUUAAAGCUAAAGAUCUUACAGAGACUAAAGCAUCGGGGUUUGUGAAAACGUAUCCUGUACUAGAGUUUGUUAUCACACUACGACGAAAACCUCCAUAUUACGUCACUGGAGUGAUCCUCCCAGUACUGCUUGUAGCCUUUUUACAGAUCCUUGUGUUUGUACUCCCUGUUGAUUCAGGAGAAAAGAUAGGGUUUUCAAUCACUGUACUGCUGGCUUUGGCUGUCCUUUUAACAUUGGUGACGGACAGUAUGCCUGCUUCAGCAGUACAUAUAUCAUAUCUCUCUGUUUAUUUAGCUAUGACGCUUGUUCUUGGUGUCUUCUGCGUUUUUGCUACCGUGAUUGUAAUCCGGAUCAACUUCAGAGAUGAUGCCGUUCCAGUUCCGAAAUGGGUUUACAAAUUAAUUCGAGGCUGCUGUGUUCCUCUUUCUUGUUGGCGAGGAUGUUGUAAAAACUCUGUGUCUACUAAUAAAGGAGACGAUAAUAAAUCAUUUGGCUAUGACGACCAGGAUGAUCUGCUUUGUUGGAAAGACGUGUCUGCUAUCAUUGAUUGGUUCUUCUUCGUGCUGUUGCUAGUCUUGACAACUCUGCUAACAAUAAUCUUUACUUCGGUUUUGUUGAUUGGUGGAUACACAUAAAGUUACAUUUGUUGUAUUAUUUUAAAUAUAGGAUAUGCCAUAUGUUGUAAUGAUUUUAUAACGUACUAAUUUAAUAUUUAAAACGUCAUUAGCAUAAUACAGCAUCAAAAUAAACAGUUCGCUCACAAAACUUGUAUGCAUUAAUUUUAUAAAAUUUCUCGAGUAAAUAUGUGAUGGUUAUAUAGUAAAAAUCUUCAUUGUCGCGUCAUAUAAUUUACACUCAAAUUUUUUAACUAAAAUGUAUUUUGAAAUGACUAGUAAGCGUGUCUGUAUUGCACUCAAAUGAUACCAAGUGAUUUACCGUUGUUGUAAUUGGACACAAAAACUCAAAACAGUUCUCAGAGCUUAUUUUUGUAACAAUAAA